GAAGCGAUCGCGAGAAAAAAAAAAAAAAAGCAGCCUCCCAAAAUAAAGAGCAAAGAUUGCAUUAGGAGCGAACAGCGCUGCAGAAAUAGAUGGCAGCUUCGUGUCAGUGAGUUUGCAUUCCCCUUCCUGAUCCACGAGCUGGAGUGAUUAGAGCCCUGGAAGGGGAUUGUUACUCCCGUGGAGAAGUCCCCUUUUCCUGGCAGCGGUCUGCACUGUACACGCUGGACGCCUCUCUCCAUCCACCCCACUCAGUCUCUCCUCUUUCACCUCCUCUCUCCCUCUCUCCUGCAUUGAUUUUUUUUUUCCCCCUUUUUAGUUGACUGAAACAAAACAAAACAAUAGGGCCACUGGAUGUCUGCCUUCCUGGGGGGUGAGCCAGACAGACUGACAAACAAACAGACCCAACUGUGUUCGGGGGAGGGUUUCUCCUCCCGUUUUGCCCGGCAGCAGCAGCAUGGACGUGUUGGCUGGUUAUAGUAUAUUCCAGGAGCUACAACUUGUCCACGACACCGGCUACUUCUCAGCUUUGCCAUCCCUGGAGGAGACCUGGCAGCAGACAUGCCUUGAAUUGGAACGCUACCUACAGACAGAGCCCAGGAGGAUCUCAGAGACCUUUGGUGAGGACUUGGACUGUUUCCUCCACCCUUCUCCGCCCCCGUGCAUUGAGGAAAGCUUCCGGCGCUUAGACCCCCUGCUGCUGCCUGUGGAAGCGACCAUCUGCGAGAAGAGCUCGGCAGUGGACAUUUUGCUCUCUCGGGACAAGUUGCUAUCUGAGACCUGCCUCAGCCUUCAGCCAACCAGCUCUUCUCUAGACAGCUACACAGCCGUCAACCAGGCCCAGCUCAACGCAGUGACCUCAUUAACGCCCCCAUCAUCCCCUGAGCUUAGCCGCCAUCUGGUCAAAACCUCACAGACUCUCUCAGCCGUGGAUGGCACAGUGACGUUGAAACUGGUGGCCAAGAAGGCUGCACUCAGCUCAGUAAAGGUGGGAGGGGUGGCAACAGCAGCAGCAGCCGUGGCGGCAGCUGGGACAGUUAAGAGUGGACAGAGCGACAGUGAGCAAGGAGGGGUAGGGGCUGAGGCAUGCCCCGAAAACAAGAAGAGGGUUCACCGCUGUCAGUUUAACGGGUGCCGGAAAGUUUAUACAAAAAGCUCCCACUUAAAGGCCCACCAGAGGACUCACACAGGUAGUGAGAAGCCUUACAAGUGCUCGUGGGAAGGCUGUGAGUGGCGUUUUGCACGAAGCGAUGAACUCACGAGGCACUACAGGAAACACACAGGUGCAAAGCCCUUUAAAUGCAACCACUGCGACAGCCCUGGCCACCAAUAAAGAAGCUACACAUGUGGUGACUCUCUACCCACAGCCCAUUGAUGGUGUUUUUCCAGGUCUGAUCACCUUGCCCUCCAUAUGAAGAGACAUAUCUAAAAACCUAAAGGCCAGAGUUGCCAUGGCAUCGGCUGUUGUCUGAAGGAAAUGCCGUGAGGCGGGGGCUGGACUUCAGGCGAGGACUCAUUGCCUCGCAGAAGAAAGUUCUCACUUAUAAACCUCUGUGUUCACACACACACUCUCUCACACAAAGACACACGCACAUUCACACUGUCAUGCACUCAACUAUAUUUAAAAUAUAUACGUCUAUUCUUUAUGCCUUGCCCUAGCCAGAUGGUAGAAGACGAAGAAAGAAACCAGGUGAACUCAGCAAGGCAGACUGGCUGCUUACUUCAGCACUAUUGGAAUUAUUUCCCGCUGUUGCCAAUGGAAAUCAAAGAAAAUGGAUGUGACGUCUCUGCAGGUGGACGGCAGUAAGAGGGGCUUACUUAACUUGCUUCUCAGUGCAACUUGAUAGGAGAAUACAACGUUUUAAAGUUGCAUACGUGUAGCACUAACGUCUCUUUUUAAAUAGUUGGGGGAAAAUGACCUAGAAAACCAAAUUGCAGUUUGGUAGCCAAAAUUAACUCUUGGUUUACUUGUCCUUUGUGUGUGAAAAGUCCUACUAUUUCGUGCGUCAGACUUCCUCACAGAACUCUUGAUCGGUUUUGGUUCUUCUUAGCACUAUUGAGAUCUUUCGAGUCAAUACCAACGGCCUUAGCGGCGGCAGACUCUGGAAUGACACCUUACACCUUUCUGGCCUGCAUUUCUCUAGACUUCACUCUCAAGGGAGGAGUUUUCUUUUCUUACUUUUUUGACUCUUGCACACCAUAUGCACUAGGGAUUCCGGAAACUUCUAGCAUGACUGCAAAGUGGCCAAGAGAAUAAAGUCCUUGAUGAUAAAUCACAGUAUAUCCCUUGAGCCUCACCUUAUUGCCAGUGCUAGAUUUUUUCUUUUUAAUCUCUCUGUUUUUGCUAAUGAAAACUUGAAAAGCUUAUUUGGAAGCUUAAAUGUUUUAUCUUUUCUCCAUGGACUAAUCCUCUCCAGGACUAUCUCGGCACCUGGAUACCCAGCUCUCGAAGCAGCCAAUCAGAUGGGACAUCAUAAGUUCUCUCAUCCUCCUUGAGGCAUGAUGACCUCAGCUCAUAGUGAUCAACCACUGUGUUGUGUGUCAUUGCUACCCUAUAACCAGUUACAGCAUAGAUGUCGCUAGUCUCAAAGGGCAGCUGCAUAUUUAACCUAACUUUGGGUUAUGACCUGACAAAAGCCAAAAAUAUCACUCUUUCCGGGAGUGGGGAAAGCUGAGGAUGCCUCCCAAGUCUAGGGGCUUCACAAAACAUCAUCCUAUCUUCCUCUCUCAUACCCACUGAGCUCAUAUCACCCCACUUGUUGAAAUGCACAUCUCAGAAUGCCAUGGUGGGAAUCAAGGGUUGACGUCUAAGGAAAGGGUUGAGGUGUUUCUCUCAUGGUCUGUCUAAAAGGAGAGACAUAUUUCUAAAUUUUUUGGCUAUGUCCACCGUGACUUGUGACUUAGAACACCCAGAAUCAACAGAGGCCUCACAUUUACUUGGCAAGCUUACUCAAGGGGGUUGACAUUCCUCACUUUUCAUCCCACACACACCCACCCAAUAUCGAUAUCUACCCGCAUUCUUAGCUAGCUGGCACUGGCCUCAACUCCAAAGACUGCCUUUAGGACCAUUAAAUGGCCUAUGCAAGCAAGCGGGGUGGUUAUUAGGACAGAUUGUAUAUUUUGUAUAUUCUGGGACCAUCCCUUCAAGACACGUCUAAAAAAUAAAAGUGGCAUUUGGUCCGCACAUGGUUGCUGCUCCUUCAUACCAGCUGGCUCCCCUCCUGCCCUCCUUUGACUGUUUGACUCAUUGACUGUUAAAUGCCACUCCAUACAUAUUUGGGAUGCAAAACAGAAGUCUUUAAAAGGAAACUAUGAUAAAAGAAACACAAACCCAUAUAUGACAGCAACCUUCAAGAUCCUUGGCAUUUGGUUUUUCGGCUUUCUGCAACCUUUGGUUUCUCAAUGUUGAAACUACUCGUCUGAGGGUAAAGGAGCCUCUUUAUCACGAAUGCUGUAGCUGCCAAUUGGACACUUGGGGCAUUUUAAGGUCUGGCCCUUAGAAUUUUCUUUCUCUGUUUUCUUUUGUCAAUUUAGACCAAAAAAACAAACAAAAAAGCCCACCCUAAAACACACACACAUAAAAUCUGCCCAUUUGCUGGAGGCAAUUAUAUAUUUGUUAGUUGGAGGGUAUUAAAAGAAAAUCAGUUUUAUUCCAAAGAUUAAAAACUAGACAUGACUUAGAAAUAUUUCUGGAGCACUGCUUGCUGACAAUCUUAUAGUUCUCUACUGCAUUUGAGUGCAUUUUAUGGCCAGUCCAUCAGGGCAUCCCAUGGGAUUAUUUUUGAAUGUGUGGUACAUCCUUCCUGGAUGAAGGAUACAGGAGGGACCUUGAACCUCAGCUGUAUUAAACUGUAGCACCUCCAGUCAGUGCACUAGAUGAAACUUUCGACACCCUAGAGUUUGUUGGUUCCUUUAUUUUCCUUGCCGUAGCAGCCUCCAGCAUGAAUGCACGCACACACCAGUGAUGGCGUUAGCCGUGACUGCCAAGACUUACAAAUGUUCUCUCCUAAGCUGGAGCUGCUCUCGCCUCUUAAAAUGCUAUUAUUAAGGGUUUAUAAUACUUAAUUUAAUUUUUGAACUGACCAAUGCAAGGCUCUAUUAAAAGGAAAGUUUUGGGGGGAAAAAAAAAAAGAGAGAAUGAGAAAGUGUAAUCAUUGCUUGUUUGCUCCCUGUUGUCUUCUGGGGUCUUGAUAAAAUCUUAUUUGAAUGUGGCAGAACAAAGGCCUUUUGGUCCUCAUCAGUGUCGGAAAUGUUUGGUAACUUCCCCCUCUUUUGUAUCAGUGAGGUCUUUGUAAUCUGCCCCGCCUUCCUCAGAGCAGGAGCACUGAUGGUGGUGCUUGCUGGCUUCAGAGUCACUUGCUGACUGAGAAUCGGCCUGAGAAUUUGGUGGGUGCUAAGCGUAUGGCUUUGAAACUGUUUUUUUCUAGCCUGAAUUGACACAUGUGAAUGAUAACUAGUCCUAACCAACCUGUUCCUCCCUUGCAAAAGGAUAUGUGAUAAAAGGGCAUCAUCUCUGAGAUGGCAGAGAUGCUGGGUAAGAUCCUACUAGACGUGAACAGGGCUUUCCAAGGAGCAACCUGAGGAUGUUUUGCUCCCCCAGAGGACUGGUUGUUUAAGACAGUGCUUUCGCGGACAUUUGAAACCCAAGUCCCUUUCUCAUUUCCAUUGUUACCUCCUAACAUUCCAAGGGAUCCCAAAUUUGAGAGGAAAAUCCUGGCAUGGUGAUUCUUGUGGUUGUCCUCUCAAGCACGUUUUACUCCAGGGUUAAGAGUUUGGUGUGUCGAAAAAGAAUGUUUCUAAGCCAUUGACAAUUUUGUUUAUUUCAAGUUACUCUUUUUGCUCCAACCACAUUGUAAGUCAAAGACAUGGAAACCUGAAAUUAUAAUGCUGCUCCUAACUACUGGUCUCCUGCCCCACUCAUGGCCCAGCUUAAUGCCUGGUGGUGAUGAGUAUUAUGUUCAGAAAAAAAGAGAUGUUUGGAUUCCGUAACAAAGCUGCAUUUUAUAAAAUAUUCAAGACCCCAAGAUGAACUUCAUGCUGACCAUUUUCUUCUCUAUGUGCUGCCCCUUGCAAAGCCCUUCAAAUCCCCCUCCUUUGGGUGCCAUCGCCUCCCCCCUCCACCUCUUGUGCUCUUCUUUCAUCUUUGAUUGCCUGACUAUAACAGGGUAAAAAGACAGCCAACCUCAUGCAUGAGUAGCAGAAUUGAUUCCUGUUUAAAAAAAAAAAAAAACAAAAACCUUCUUUGAAUCUAGAAGGCAAAGAUGAUUUUUUUAAAGGACUUUAGUUUGGGGUAAACUUCCAAAUUAUCCAUGUCUGUUUGCAUCAAAGGAGAAAUAAAUGAGACUUUCAGGGCUGUCCAUCUAUAUAUCCAGAACAUUCUGCCUAGAGCCCCCAUUCCUGAACUCUGUGGCAAAGACAGAAGAAAUGGGUUUGUUCAAAUUACAAGAACAGCAAAGCCUGGCAAUUAGUUUUAAUGCUUCAAAAUUAUUUCCUCUGUGGAAGUCACUUGAUAAAAUGUAAAAUACAGUGGGAAGUGCAUUAGUUUUCUCUUGCAUGAGUUGAAUUUAGGAGAAGGAAGAAGGUAGGGAAAGUUAGAGAGAUGCAACACAUUUUAAGGACAAAAAUCAGGUUGGUUGUUUCUUUCUUUCUUUCUGUUUUAAAUCGUAUGAGGGCCAGCUUUUCUGGCCGCCAUUUUGCACCCAGAUCUUUGCCAAAGUGAAAGUUCAGUAAGUAGAUCCUGGUUGAAAUGUACUUUCAGAAGCUUUCCCUUGCAUUUCCCGGAAGUGGCCACCUGCCAAGCACUGGGCUGGGGGCUGGAGGGGAGAACUUGAAUUCUGGGUGUCUGGAUUUAAUUUCGGUAAACAUGGUGAUAUCUCAGUUUGAAAACUAGAGGGGCUGGCAUGGGUACACAUUGAUGCCUCUUUGAUGGCCUACUUUCCUCAGUGAGGAUCUUUGGGAAUACUUGAGAUGGAACAACAAAAAUGUGUCAAAGGAAGCAAAAACUGCUUGUAAAUAAUGUGACAUCCCAUGACUAACUGCCUGAGGCUUCAGGGUUUUCUCUUAUACUUUUAACAUACUCUUAAAUCUCCUCUGUUGGUUUCUAUGGAUCCUGGAAAAGGGGGAAAAAGCUGCAAUUAACUUUCUUACCUGUAUCCUUCCGAUAUAGUACUGUAUUCUUCAGGUGUUUUGCAUAUACCUACAGUCCUCGGGAAACAGGUAUCAAAAAUGGAGAGAGAAAUUCUAGGCUGUCAGUUCAACAAUAUCCCAAACAAGAUACUUUUUUCAAACAGGGCUCCCUCCGAGUGGCAAUGAGGGAAGGUUGAUAUGUUCCUUGCUGGGGACUGUUUAUACAAUUUUUUUCAACUGUGAGCUUUGGAAUCGCAAAUUGCUUUGACUCCAGCUUCUGUCUACUGCCAUAAAAUGGACCCCACGUCAGAUUAAUGAGGGUGGUAUCUAUACACACACCAGACGUGUGCAUAUGUACCUAUUGUACCUUCACAGAAGGAAAACAGGCUACUGACGCUUAACAGGAGUAGCCACCAGUGCCUAAUAUCUUUUGGGGGGGAUGGAUGCUUAUAAUUGCCAGUAUAUUGAGACCACACUGGGAGUUCCACAUAGAGGGGAGGGGGCAGGAUGGGGAGAGGGGACAUUUUAAUCCUUCCUAGGCCUUUGGACUGGAGGCAGAAUGAUUUCUGCACAUCUAGGUCCUGAAAGGCUUUUGGGCUCAUUGGCUGGUUCUGAACAUUUUUUUUUUUCUUCCCAGCAUGCAUUUCCUAUCUAAAACCCAGACUUAAUUUCCUUAACUUUCACGUCCGCUUCAUUCCAAGGAGGAAAAAUACACCUGUUAUGGCCAAGAUCUCCUUACUAACACAGAGGCAAAAAUAAAUGUUUAAUGUUUUCAAAGCUUCCCCUUCCUUUCCACAGCCCCCCUUCCCCAAGCUCCUCCUCCCUUGUCACUCCCUCCCCACCUCCACCACACAAUUUCCCAGUCACCACAACUCUUUUUUUUUAAAUCUCUGUUAUCCCUGUAACAGUUGCUUGAAGAAAUUUAUUUUUGCACUAUACAUUUUGUUUUUGCCAGAUGUGUCUAACAAGUGUGUUCUGGAGAGACCUACUCCCAGCCUCCUCCCCUCACCCCACUUCCCCCGGUCACAUUCUCUCAGGCCUUCUCUGGUAUUUAUAAUAUAUCACAGAAGUACCCAGUCUUAUAGCCCUCGGUUAUGCCUUUUUUUGACAUUUUAUUUUUUUUAAGCUUUUUAUAUAUAUAUAUAAAUAUAUUACUUUGUCAAGUUUUUUUGCUGUACAAAAGUCUUAAGAUUUAAAACUAUUAUUUGUAUUAUAUGAUGGUGGUAUGUUAAUGUUACAAAAUUAUUAAUGAAGAAAAAAUUUAUUUUUGUUACUGGUCUGUUUCAUAAUUCUUUUUUAAAUUGGUAUAUUGUAAGAUAUCUAUGCAAAAAAUGUUAUGUGACGCAUUUUUAUUUAAGAAUGUAAUAUGUGUAAUAAACAGUAGAAUGUGUUUGGCCGUGGAACGC